UCUAGCUUUGGAUGCACAAGAACUUCUUCCGAUUCCGAAGGCUCUCUCUCUCUCUCUCUCUCUCCCCUGUUUCUGAGCACCUCUUCCUGUCUCUCUCCUGUUUCUGAGCACCAGAAGAAGAGGAAUAGAUACAAACAAAAAACCCAAUCUCUCUCUGUCUCUCCCCACCGAUUCACAGAGAAAUUAAAAUCAACUAAUAAUGGAGGAGGAGAAGGAGAUUUUGUUGUUAGCGAAGGAGGGCGGCGGCGGGGGAGGAAGAUGGGCGGCGGUGGCGGAGGAGGUGAAGCGGCUGGGGUGCAUAGGAGCGCCAAUGAUGGCGGUGACACUGUCUCAGUACUUGCUGCAGGUGGUGUCCACCAUGAUGGUCGGUCACCUUGGCGAGCUCUACCUCUCCAGUUCCUCCCUCGCCAUCUCCCUCUCCAGCGUCUCCGGCUUCAGCCUCCUCUUAGGAAUGGCUUCGGCUUUGGAAACUCUUUGUGGGCAGGCGUAUGGAGCGCAGCAAUACCAUAAGCUUGGAACUCAAACUUACACUGCUAUCUUUUCCCUUAUCAUUGUUUGUCUCCCUCUCUCGAUAAUAUGGAUCAAUAUGGGGAAAAUACUCACUUUCAUAGGCCAGGAUCCUUUGAUCUCAAAGGAAGCUGGUAAAUUCAUAAUUUGGCUUGUUCCCGCUCUCUUUGCUUACGCAAUUCUUCAACCACUAGUCCGAUACUAUCUAAUGCAAAGUCUGCUUCUUCCCAUGCUCAUUAGUUCAUGCGCCACUCUUGCUCUCCACAUACCUCUCUGUUGGUUACUAGUAUUUAAGUCUGGACUUCAUAACCUUGGAGGGGCAAUAGCAAUUGGUAUUUCAAAUUGGUUGAAUGUGAUCUUCCUCUUAUUAUACAUGAGGUACUCAUCGGCCUGUUCAAAAACCCGGGUCCCAAUUUCAAUGGAGGUGCUACGUGGAAUUGGAGAGUUCUUCAGAUUCGCAGUUCCUUCUGCCGUUAUGGUUUGUCUUGAAUGGUGGUCGUUUGAGCUGCUUAUCUUAUUGUCCGGGCUUUUACCAAACCCAGAGCUCGAAACUUCUGUACUAUCUGUAUGUCUCAACACCAUAGCGACACUCUAUGCUAUACCAUAUGGAUUGGGUGCUGCUGCCAGCACUAGAAUCUCGAAUGAAUUAGGAGCUGGAUACCCACAAAGGGCUCGUGUAGCUGUAUUUGCCGUGCUUUUCCUGGCAGUUGCAGAGGCUACAGUAGUGAUCACAACCCUGUUUGCUACACGGCGUGUGUUUGGCUAUACUUUUAGCAGCGAGAAAGAAGUUGUGGAUUAUGUUACCGACAUGGCACCUCUAGUUUGCCUAUCUGUCAUGAUGGAUAGCUUACAAGGGGUCCUUUCAGGUGUUGCCAGGGGAUGUGGAUGGCAGCAUUUAGGGGCUUAUGUCAAUCUUGGAGCCUUCUACCUUCUCGGAAUUCCGCUUGCUGCCACAUUGGCUUUCUGGGUACAAUUAAGGGGAAGAGGCCUGUGGAUUGGUAUUCAAGCCGGUGCUAUGCUACAAACAGUUCUCCUCUCUAUUAUAACAAGCUGUACAAAUUGGGAAAAGCAGGCAAUGAAAGCAAGGGAGAGGAUAUUUGAGACAAGAUCUUGAGGAGCAUUGCCGAACAGGCGACUCAUGAAGAGAGUUCGGUUAUGUUACAACCAUCGAUCGUUCCUUAGUCCCAUAGAACUGCAAUGCAAUUUUGUAUGCGAUAAUUGUCUGAGUUGGAUUCUUCACAACUUAGCUGAGGCAGAUGUACGUCGAAAUCUAUGUUUCUCUGCAUACUGUUGCAACUACGUAAACAACUGCAUUGUAAACCACCCAAAUCAUACUUGUGAUCACGGCCGUCGCAUUUAUUUUGGUGGUUCUUUAAUAAUAUAAAUAAAUAUUAAA